AUGGCCGCCGCCGGCAUGUCCCAAUAUGACUACAUCUUCGCCCUCACCGCCGUCUUCGCCUUACUCGACGCCUGGAACAUUGGCGCCAACGACGUCGCCAACUCCUUCGCCAGCUCCGUCUCCUCGCGCUCCCUAACCCUCAAGCAGGCCAUGGUCGUCGCCGCCGUCUGCGAGUUCGCCGGCAGCGUCUCCGUCGGCGGCCGCGUCGCCGACGCCCUGCGCACCAAGAUCGUCGACCCGCGCCUCUACGACGACGCGCCCCAGGUGCUGCUGCUCGCCAUGAUGUGCACCAUCGUCGCGAGCUCGCUGUUCCUGACCGCGGCCACGAGACACGGCAUGCCCGUGUCGACGACGCACAGCGUUAUCGGCGGCAUGAUUGGCGCGGCGACGGCUUCGGUUGGGAUAGGAAAGGUGAAUUGGGGCUUGCAGGGCGCGUCGCAGGUGUUCUUGGCGUGGGUGGUGGCGCCGGGCAUCGCGGGCGUCCUGGGGGCGCUGGUCUUCUUCGUCACCAAGCGGCUGGUCCUGGGGAGCCGCGACUCGGUCCGCAGGGCGUUUUGGUGCAUCCCACUAUUCAGCUUCCUCACCUUUGGAAGCGUUGCGAUGCUGGUUGCUUGGAAGGGUCUACGCAACGUCAACAUCUCAACGACGACGACAAUCAUCGUCGUAUUUGCUUCUGCCGGCGGCGGCACGCUGCUGCACGCCGCCUUUGUGAUGCCGUACAUGUGGGUGCGCAUCAUCCGACAAGACUGGACCCUGCGGUGGUAUCACGCCCUCCUCGGCCCCUUGCUGCUCCGGCGACACGUCCCCCCGCCGACGCCGAGCGGCUUCGUGAAGCCGCAGAUCAGGGACUACUACCGCGGGUACCUGAGCCCGGAGGAGCUCUCCUACGUCCGCGCCUCCGAGUCGCUGCUCGAAUCAGUGCAGAUGCACGGAGCGAACGGACCCCCGGACCUCGACAAGGACGACGAGGCCAUCCUCCUCCCGCCCGCGCCACAGGCCGAGCCCGCCACGCUCCGGCGGCGGCGGCGACCAUCCGCCCACAGCAGCAGCAGCCUCGUCCCGCCGCGGCCGCCGGGCUCCUCGAGCAGCCUCCCGGUGCUCGCCUGGCGCCUCAACCGGGUGCUCCUGCGGGGCAUCGAGAAGGACGUGGUGCACAUGCAGCGACGCAACGCGGUGCUCAGCUGGGACCUCGAAGCCAUGCACUCGCGUGCCCCUCGCUUCGACAACCGCGCCGAGUACAUGUUCUCCGCGCUGCAAGUCCUCACCGCCGCGGCCGCCUCCUUCACCCACGGCGCCAACGACGUGUCCAACGCCGUCGCGCCCUUCACCACCGCCUACGACGUGUGGUCCCGGGGGGUGGUCUCUCCGGAGGUGGACGUGCCGAUGUGGGUGCUGUGCGCGGGCGGCGCGGGCAUCGUGCUCGGCCUGCUUACCUACGGAUACCACGUGAUGCGCACGCUGGGGAACAGGCUGACGCUGAUCUCGCCGACGCGCGGGUUCUGCAUGGAGCUGGCGACGGCGCUGACGGUGAUCGUGGCGACGAGGUUGAGGCUGCCGGUGUCGACGACGCAGUGCAUCACCGGCGCGACGGUGGGCGUCGGGCUGGCGAACGGGGAUUGGCGGUGCAUCAACCCGAAGCUGGUCGGGUGGAUUUACAUGGGAUGGUUGAUCACGGUGCCGGUCACGGGCCUGAUGUCGGGAUGCUUGAUGGGGUUGAUCCUGAACGCCCCGAGAUGGACUUCAUGA